ACAAACAAUUCUGAGUAUACCAUAACUUCGCUAUUUCCUUGUGCAGUCCUGUGAUACAGAAUGUGUGUUUUCAAUGUUGUCUGUCUUAGCUGUGCCGGAGUUUCCUCUGGGAGAGGCAGCCCUUUGGUGUUAAAACCUCCAUGGGAUACAGACUGGCAUUACUUAGUCUGUUGCCUUUAGUGUAUAAAAUGCAUCUUGCUUAGUCACCUCAUCACCAUACAAGUCAUCUGUCUUUGUUCAGUGAAGCUUUGUGUAAUAUUUGUUAAUACGGUAAUUCAUAAGGCUGCAUCUGCUCAAGCCUUUCUCACCAUCUUUACUUCCUGAAAAAUUUUGUGCAGGAAUGAACUGUAGUUAUUGAAAGUGAUGCCAUUUCAAUGGCAGUUGAACACCUACCUCCCUUAAAUUCUUUGAUGUUACUUACAUAAAGUAGCUGCAGUAAACUAACAUGUUAUGCAUUCCCUGUGGCUUUUAUUGUUGUGAACAGGAAAAUCCUUACUCAGCUCAAUUUGAAUGUAACUAUGCUGAGAAUUUAGCAUGAUCUCAGAUUCAGUUAGCAUUAGUGGGCACUAUAUAAAAAAGAAGCACCCAUGAUAAUUUCCCCCCAUAAAUAUAUUCUGAACACCAGAGAAGUGCUGUCAAAUUCUAAAAUCCCAUGGUCUUCUUUCCUACAACUCCAUCAACAUACUGCAGCAGGAAAGUAAAACAGUAAGAUCAGAAAGACAGCAACUUCCCUCUUCUUCUCUAACUCCCUCCUCCUCCCUCCCUGUGCCCCUCUGGGAACCAGGAUGUCUGGCAACCCUGCACCUAGAGGCAGAUCACUGUAGCUGUAGGUUUCUUUUCAGAGCAAUUUGUACUGCUGAAAAGGAUUCUACUGAAAAGCCGAGCUGCGGUGUGCACUAAAUCUUUAUUGGUAUAGGCUGGUCUUCGCUAUGAAGUCUCCUGCAUUAACAUCACAGUAUGAUGCUCACCACAGAGCUAUUCGCACAGAGGUAAGGAGGAAAAGUCCUGGACCAAAGGAAGCUAGAGGAAGAAAACUGAGGGAGGCUGCAAUGAAAUGCUAUUCAAUCCAAAACUGCCAGGAGAGAGACAUGAUCGAGCGGUCGGAAGUAAGCAGCCUAGCACAAACUCCUAGCGCAGUGGCCUCAAGCAUUGAUGGCAGCAUUAACGCAGACUCUGUUGAUGGGACUCCAGAUCCUCAGCGGACAAAAGUGGCCAUCACACACCUGCAGCAGAAGAUACUGAAGUUGACAGAGCAGAUCAAAAUUGAGCAAACAGCCCGGGAUGACAAUGUGGCAGAAUACCUGAAACUAGCCAACAAUGCUGACAAACAGCAGAGUGCCCGCAUAAAGCAAGUGUUUGAGAAGAAGAACCAGAAAUCAGCCCAGACUAUUUUGCAGCUGCAGAAGAAGUUGGAGCACUACCACCGAAAGCUUCGUGAGGUUGAACAAAAUGGAAUCCCUCGGCAGCCAAAAGAUGUCUUCAGGGAUAUGCACCAGGGCUUGAAGGAUGUGGGAGCAAAGGUCACUGGCUUUAGUGAAGGAGUUGUAGACAGUGUUAAAGGUGGGCUUUCCAGUUUCUCCCAAGCCACACAUUCGGCAGCAGGGGCUGUGGUCUCCAAACCCCGGGAGAUAGCCUCCUUGAUAAGGAACAAAUUUGGAAGUGCGGACAAUAUUGCUAAUCUGAAGGACUCUUUGGAAGAAGUCCAAGAAGAUGGAAAGACUUUAGGUGUUAUUCAUAACUUUCAGUCAAGCCCAAAAUAUGGCAGUGAGGAGGACUGUUCGAGUGCCACAUCUGGUUCAGUGGGAGCUAAUAGCACCACAGGGGGUCCAGUGGGAGCUUCUAGCUCCAAAACAAACACUCUGGAUAUGCAGAGCUCAGGGUUUGAUGCAAUACUACAUGAGAUUCAAGAGAUACGAGAGACACAGGCAAGACUGGAAGAAUCCUUUGAGAAUCUUAAGGCUCACUAUCAGAGGGAUUAUUCGUUCAUAAUGCAGGCUCUACAAGAGGAGCGGUACAGAUGUGAACGACUAGAAGAGCAGUUGAAUGACCUGACAGAACUUCACCAGAAUGAGAUCCUUAACCUAAAGCAGGAAUUGGCCAGCAUGGAAGAGAAAAUAGCUUAUCAGUCCUAUGAGCGAGCCCGAGACAUCCAGGAGGCGCUAGAAGCCUGUCAGACCCGGAUCUCCAAGAUGGAACUUCAGCAGCAACAGCAACAGGUGGUACAGCUGGAAGGUCUGGAAAAUGCCACUGCCAGAAACCUGCUGGGUAAAUUCAUCAACAUCCUUCUGGCCGUCAUGGCUGUUCUCCUAGUCUUCGUCUCUACUAUGGCCAACUGCAUUGUGCCCCUCAUGAAAACUCGCAACAGGACGUUUAGCACUUUAUUUGUGGUUGUUUUCAUUGCCUUUAUGUGGAAGCACUGGGACGCCAUCGCUGUCUACUUGGAACGAUUCUUGUCACCCCCCAGAUGAUGGCGCAAGGAAUCAGCUGUGUUGCCCGACUGCCCCACCCACCCUGGCGCUCACUGGCAAGUGAGCAAAGCAAAGAUGAGUCAGCAGCUCUUCCGCUGAAAUUUUCAAGUGUCCGAGUGAAUUUGUUUACACUUAGAAUAACAUUUUUCUCUGCGAGAUGCAUUGCAAUAGUAUUUUUUAGAUUUUAUUCAAGAACUCUUUUUGGCAAGAAUCCUGGAUAAUUUUUAUGUAGCAUGGUUCUCUUUGGAUGCAAAUCUUAAGAUUCUUUAAGUGUACAAAAGAAUAAAACAAAAAUUUGGAGCACACCAAUGGGCAAUUUAAAUUAUGGCUUGAAUUACAAUACUAAACCUGUUAGGAAGAGGAGAACAUGGUUAGCUUAGCUUAAAAAUAGCAAAGAUUAAAUAUUGUACAAUGGUACCACAGCAAAGCUGUAACGCUAACCUUUACUGUGAAGCCUGCUCACAUUCCAUGUCCGAAUGUAUGGAUUCAGCGUGGCUUGUUUUUUUCCUUAAAGAGAGAAAAAACAGCGCAUGGAUCUCCCGCAACUCAGCUUCUGGGUCGCCAUUUGUGCUGACCUGGCAUACAAUAAUUUUCUAGAAGGUCUGUUAAGUCUUGCUAAGCAUACAAAGUGUAAGCGUCAUGCUGUACACAGUAACUGCACAGUUGUACUACAGUAUUUUGAAGUAGCCCUUUAAACUUAUCUUUAAGCAAAAGCCCUUGGUCGCACUUUUAAGGUUUUUUUUUAUGUGUGUAUAUUCACAGAUUUAAAAAAAAGUCCGAACAGCAUACUUGAAGAGUGUAAUACUCAAACUCUCAGUGCUUCCUUAUUGUUCCUAUAAUAGGAUUUUUUAUUAUAAUUAUUAUUAUUAUUGGGGUUUUUUUUGGAAGGGAUUGGGAGGGUCGUUAUUUUCCUCUUUAAUAAAGAAGUGAUGUUUUUAAA